GAGACUUUUUCACAAGUAGCUCCAAUGUCGCAAGUGCCGCGGAAAGCUGGCUUGCUGGAAGGUGACAAGGAGUUCCACCAAUUCGUGGGGCGCAUGAUCCCGGGCUCAGCGCUCUCGGAGUUCUCGGAUGAGCAGCUCUGGCAGGUGAUCAACACCCCAACGGCGAAGCGGCGCUUGGCAGUGCUGCAGCGGUGUCGCAACAGCCAAGGCCGCCUGGAUGCAAACUGCUUCUGCAGGGAAGCCUGCAACGCGGAGUACCUGACUUUGGCCAGUUGCGUGCGAGGUGGCGGGGACUGCCGGGACCAGGUCAAUGCCCUCACUGCCUGCACCAGGGAUGAGUGGAGGGCCUUCCUCUUCGGGUCUUCGCCCUCGUUGCAGAACGACGCCAUCCAGCGCAACCAGAAGUUUGUUGAUCUCGUGCCCUUUGGCGCGGUGCCCUGCUGGCCGAAGGUUGACCCUGAGAGAUUGGCGGGCAGCCACCGCCUCGAUACGCUUUGCCGCUGCGUGGCUGCUGCCCUGCUGAGUCGCAGGCCGCGCAGAGACACUUCCUUCAUGGCGGCGUUUGCUCGACCUUCUUGGACGUCUCGCAUCGGCUGGGGCUUGCUGGAGAGCUUGGACGGCCGACCACCGCCAGGCGCAGACCCAGUUGGAGUUGUGAAGGUGACAGGCGCUGAGGUCUCACCGCUGUCGCCUGAGGAGCGCCAGGUGGCGGGUCAGCUGCAAGCCCUGCUGGCGGGAGAGGAGGUCCAGGGCUGGCAGCGCUGGCAGGAGGCCUCGAUGAAAUCGCUUUUGCUGAAGCUUCAUCCCUCCGGCGCGGAAGGGCGAAGGCUUUUCCUGCUGGAGGAGGAUGCCAAGCUUGAUGUGGAAGAGGCUUUGAUGCAACUGCCGCCGGAGGUUGAGCAGCUGACCUUCAUCGUGGGGGACCACAUCGGCAUGCGGCCAGUGGCACAUGGCAGGCGAAACGGUCUCGGCUGGAGACCGGGGCAGCUGCCCUAG